GGCAGCAGCGGCUCAGCAGCAGCAGCAAGUGCAGCGCAGCGGAGCAGGGAGGAGCGGAGCGGGGUCUGUUCCACCGUCGUGAGGAAACACUGCACAGAUGAAGGGACCAUCGCGGACACCUACCACAUAUUGCUGCGCUUGAUUACCGCCCAACACCGAACAACACGGUCCUCGCGUCCGUCCACGCUUCGUCGCUGUGGGUCUCUCAUUCGGAGGGCUCGUCGGUUUUUCCUCCGGGAGGCUGAAUGGAAGCCGAGGGAGCGGUCGGGCUGUCGGAGGCCAGGGAAGGGAGCCCGCUAUCCGGGGCCGCAGCAUCCGAUGAUGGGGACACGGUCGUGGGAGUUAGCUACGGGAUGGACGCCGCAGACAUGGACGCUGCUGCUAAGAAAGCCUUCAUCACAGAGAUGCCCUCAUCCUCUGGCCAGCCAGGCCAGGGAAAGAAGAUUGGCCACAGAGGGGUGGAUGCAUCAGGGGAAACUACUUACAAGAAGACCACAUCGUCGGCCUUGAAAGGUGCCAUCCAGCUGGGCAUCGGUUACACGGUGGGCAACCUGAGCUCCAAGCCAGAAAGAGAUGUGUUGAUGCAGGACUUCUACGUGGUGGAGAGCAUCUUCUUCCCUAGUGAAGGGAGCAAUCUCACUCCAGCGCAUCAUUUCCCGGACUUCCGCUUUAAAACUUACGCUCCUGUGGCCUUCCGCUACUUCAGAGAACUUUUUGGCAUCAGGCCGGACGACUACCUGUACUCCCUAUGUAACGAACCCCUGAUCGAGCUGUCCAAUCCUGGAGCCAGCGGUUCAGUCUUCUAUCUGACAAAGGAUGACGAGUUCAUCAUCAAGACUGUGAUGCACAAGGAGGCUGAGUUCUUACAGAAACUGCUGCCUGGAUACUACAUGAACUUGAAUCAGAACCCUCGCACUUUGCUGCCCAAGUUUUUCGGCCUCUACUGUGUCCAGUCGGGCGGGAAGAACAUCCGUGUGGUGGUGAUGAACAACGUCCUGCCCCGCGUGGUCCGCAUGCACCUCAAAUACGACCUGAAGGGAUCCACCUACAAGAGGCGAGCGUCCAAGAAGGAGAGGGAGAAAGCCAGACCCACCUUCAAAGACCUGGACUUCAUGCAGGACAUUCAGGACGGACUGAUGCUGGACCAGGACACUUACAACGCUCUGGUCAAGACUCUACAGAGAGAUUGCCUGGUGCUGGAAAGCUUUAAGAUCAUGGACUACAGCUUGCUGCUCGGGGUUCACAACAUGGACCAAGCGGAGAGGGAGAGGCAGAUGGAGGGAUCCCAGGGCGACAGCGACGAGAAGAGGCCCGUGGCUCAGCAGAAAGCUCUGUACUCCACAGCCAUGGAGUCCAUCCAGGGAGGAGCAGCCUGCGGAGGCUCCAUCGACACUGACGACACGAUGGGCGGUAUUCCAGCUGUUAAUGGAAAAGGGGAAAGACUUCUUCUCUACAUCGGGAUCAUCGACAUCUUGCAGUCCUACAGGCUAAUCAAGAAACUGGAGCACACGUGGAAGGCUUUGGUUCAUGAUGGAGACACCGUAUCGGUCCACCGGCCAGGAUUCUACGCCGACAGGUUCUUCAAGUUCAUGAGCAGCACGGUUUUCAAGAAGAGCUCCUCCCUGAAGUCCUCUCCAUCCAAGAAGGGUCGAGUGUCACUGACGGUGCCAAAGUGUGCCGGUCCUGGUGCCGCCUGGUCAGCCAGCCAGCUGCCCUGCGAGAGAGACGAGAAUAUCUACGACCUGAGAGGAGCUCGCAGCUUCCCAACACUGGAGGACGAGGGGCGGCCAGAUCUUCUUCCAUGCACUCCUCCAUCUUUUGAGGAGGCCACCACAGCCUCCAUCGCCACCACACUGUCCUCCACCACCUCCUUGUCCAUCCCCGAGAGAUCUCCGUCCGACACAGCCGAGCACCCCCGCUACAGGAGGCACACCCAGUCGCUCAGCCACGACGGAAGGACCCAGGAGGAGCUUCGUGUGCGUGAAGAGGACCAGCAGACCAUCACGGUGGAGGUGGAGCUGAAGAGACACGACAGCGAGCCCACCAUCUCUGUUCCACAGCCUUCACCUGAAACCAGUGAGGUCCAGGAAGCCGCCGGUGCCGAGGCCCCGGACGCCGCUGCAGCAGCACCUUCCAGCUCUCCGUCAGCACCCGAAGCGGCCUCAUCCUCCUCCUCGUCCGCCCCAGCUGCUCCCUCCUCACCCGGGCCGGCCGAGGAAGCCCCGUCGAGUCCAAAGGUGGCGGUGGAAGCCGACAGGGCCAGCCAGGUGUCCGGCUCAGGGUGCACCAGUCAGGCUUCAGUCGACGACGACGAUGACGUGCCAAUCACAGAUAUCUACUUUCCUCCAGAGGACAGGACCUGGGUGUACUCUCCGCUACACUAUGGCUCAGAGUCUAAGGCCCUGCCAGAUGGGGAUUGGGAAAGAGAGACAUAAACCCAGUUCUCUGGCAGAGAGGAGUGAACGUCUCGGUGGAGAGGACUCGUCAGUCUGAAGUCCAGACCUCAGUGGUAGCAGCGGGAUCUCUGUCUGAAUCAGGAUUUUUAACAUGCAUACAGAAACACACUGAGAGGAGAAAGUGACCUGAGAACCAGAGGGGGAUUUUAAAAAAAUGAUAAAGAAAAAACCUGACAGUGAUGACGUCACUGAUUUCCAACCAUCCCUGCCUUUCACCCUCGACCCUUGAAAUUUAUUAUAUGGAUUUAAUAAUUCUGUGUAUGUGUGACAUCGUGCAUAUAAGGCUGCUGUCUUAUAUGUUUGACAUACAUGAAAGAUGGUGAUAACUUACUGUAGGUUCUGUUUCACACAAGCACAGCCCUCCAGCAGACUUUCCGCUGCUUUGAAUACUGAAUCUACAGAGCAGCUGUGAAGUGAGCGGAGCUGCUGGUUGUGGAGACGCCCCCACAUCCAUUUUUACUCAGUUUUACUGAACGUACAGACACAAGAGGGUUUCUUCGCUCUUCUUGUGUACAUUUUGAAACCUUAUUCCCUGCCUUUGUUGGUGGAGUCCAGAGUUCCUCGAUGUGAAAGUUCAGGUAGAAGGGUCCAUCUUAGUCCUCAUUAGAUCAAACAAACUCAUGACCAGCUGAUAAAAACUUGACUCCAUAACACUAUUAGUGGUCAAAAAUGCUGAUUUCAUGCAUGUAAACUGCUGAUUGUAUUGUUACAAAACAUAAUUUUAAAGCUUUUCCACAUGAAUGAAUGUCUGUUGCAUUCAAACUUUUGCCAAAUGAGUUUACACAACUCUGAUUAUUCCCAUUAGCGCCAGGUGGAUCUUCAAGUUUGACUCAGUCUGGUGUCUGUAGUAAUAUUCCCACUCAGCAGCAGCAUUGAUGCAUUUCACAUCAACCAGCAAAGAUUAGUGACAGACGAGUAUGGAGGGAAAAAAACGGCAUCUAAGAAAAGUUGUGGUGCUCCAGAUUUUAAAAAAGGAAGAAAGGGAAGCGAUCGAUGGGGAGAACAAACACGUUUCAACAGCGUUUGUUCAUUUUUUCUCACUGCCAUUAAAAGGAGACUGCUGCAAAGUUUAAACUUUGAUCGGAUCGGUGUUUAAAUGUAACUAGGUACAUUUACUCAAGUAUACCAGCUUCUCUGUUUAUUCCACUACAAAUCAGUCCAUUUUACUCCAAAACAUUUAUCUGACAGCUUCAGUUACUUUACAUGAUGAGAUUUUUGCACACAAACCAUAAGAAGAAUGCUUAAAAUCUGAUGUGUAGUUUCUAGUUAAAACUACGUAACAGUUUAUUAAAGUACCGCUGAGGCGAUUAGUGCAAUAAAUAACUGUUUUGAUAGUUGUUCAGAAGACUUGUGGCAGGAGUUCUCACAAUUUUUUUAGAAGUUUUACAAGCCAAACAAUCAGUCACAUCAUAGAAAAUGAGAUUAAUCGAUAAUGAUUAAGAUCAUUAGUUCAAAAUGAGCUCAACCAAAACAACAUAAAAGUCCUGCUUUUACAUUCAAUCAAGAGUUUAAAUAAUCUUGUGUUAUAAUAUACAAUAAUGUAACAGUCACAGGAGGUAUUUUUCUGUAUUAAGUGCUUUUAAUACUUUAAGUACAUAUUUACAUGUAACAGAGUACUUCUACAGGGUGGCGUUAGUACUUUUUAUAAAGUAAAGGAUAUGAAUGCUUCCUCCAUUAGUGGAUCGAAUGUUUCAUUGUUAACUUUUAUAUUUUCAUGAGGUUUUUGUCAAAGAAUUCAACUGUUCAUCUGUUUUACUGAUGAUUUAAUGAGUUCCUUGUUCGUCCAAGCCACAUAAACCUUCCAACUAUGGGUCUUUUUUAUUCUAAAGCUGAAAAUAAUGAGACUUUGCAAACCAGCGGUGCAUAAAGUAGCUCUUCUCACCUCACAACCCUCAUAGUUCCUGACUCUGUGUCCAGUAAAAGCAGAUUUCAGGGUGCUGGAGGACUCUGCUUGUGCUGAAACCUCCGUUGAGCCAAUCAAAAGCGAACAUCUGGACGUCUCCGUCAUCCUCGCAUUUCCAGUAGAGAAAAUAUGCAGUUUAGUUUAUAGAGGAACGACUGAAAUCGUUUGCUUUAGCGAAUAUAUAGAGAAGUUGUUGGAUUCACAGCAGCGUAAUUUAUAACUUAAAUGUUUUUGCUACAGUUUUCUUUUUUUAAUUUCUGAACUUUUCUUCAGUUCUUUUAUUUAUUUGUCUGUUUGUACUUUAUUGUAAAAAUCACUGAUAUUGUUACUUUUUCACUCUGAAAUGCUGAAUUUUUUUCUUUUUUACUGUUUGCAUCCAAAGAACUGUUACUUUUGAUAGUUUCUUCACUUCAGAAUCUACUUUCUUUCUUUUCACAUCCAGUGUUUGUAAAUUCAGUGUUACUGCAUUUUUCACUACAACUCCGUGUCGAAACGUCUCCUGCCUUCGAAACAGAAGGCAUCGAUUACUACACUAAAGCAGCAGACAUUGUCAUUACAACAACCUUCACAUCAUUACAAUGUCUUCCAGUGUUGCCCUCUUUUUGGACAGAUGCACAUAAGCCAUUUGUAACAGCAGAAUUUCACUUUUUAUUAUUUUAAUUUUAAGUGGGAAACUAAUCAGCAUAUCGGUGAUAUUUGUCACAUCUGGUCGCCGUCGCCUCCUCACAAUAAGAAACCCAUUGACCGGACGUUUCAGAUCUUUGUACAUCAUCAGUUGUAGUAUUUGCAGUCAGUAUCGUACCCGUCGUGUGUAUAUUUGAAUGAGCGCAGUCCGUUGUUGAGACGCAGCAGUUUGGGUUGAAUGUCGUUUGCACUUAUUCAAAGGACCUGAACGUGAACUAGUGAUAGAGGCCAAAUAAACAUGCAUCACGUAAUCCAGAAGGCAUAACUUUUUUUCAGUCUUUAGAUAGGAGUUUUCCCGCUCACACAUGCUGAUAUUUAGACAGCGUUUAUUUUAGGAUCGUGUGUGCGUGCGUGUUGGUGAAGUCAAUCACAGUCAUUGUAGGGUUUAGUGUUUACUGUAGUCUCUCCGUGGCUGACACCUUAAAAGCUCCAACAAAGCGGGAUUUUUUUUCAAAAGCUUCAGAGCUCGUUUCUUCGGUUGGUCGGUACGUUUCCGUGUGUGUUUGUGCGUAAGGGACGACACAUCAGCGUCGAAGCAUUGUAAAAUAGAAAAUCAGUUUGUCGUAAUCAGUUUGCUGUCGCUCAUCAGAUGAAGACCAUAGCAGCAAUAUUUUGUACAGUCUCGCUUUUCAGUUCAUUUUAAUUGCCUUAUUGAGAAAUUUUACAUGUCGGGUCUGUUGUUUAUAUUGUUGUUGUUUUUUUCACUCGUGCUGUUGUAUUUAUUUUUCUUUCUCAUAGUUGUGCUCCUGAGAAUGUGUACAUAAAACUAUAAAUACAUAUAUAAAGAUAUACAAAUAUAUUUUCCAUUUGAAUCGGAGAAUAUUAUUUUUAUUUGGUUUUAUUUUUGCUGCUGGGCAAGAAAUGAUUGCAAUCUACAUAAUUUACUGUACCAUAUUCUUCAGUGUGUUUAUCGAGACGCAGCUGCUGUAUAUUUAUGGUCUAUAAGCCGCAGCUGUUUCUUUGUAUGAUAUCCGGAGAACUGAGAGAUUUGUGGGUUUUACUGUACAUGCAGAUCAAUAGGGAUUCUUCCAACCGUUCAGCUGUGUUGUGUACGUGUUUUCAAAUCGCUGUGUGCCCUCAUCCAAUAGGGAGAGUCCUUUACAGAGACAUAGCAUGAUUUCAAAAAUGAAUAUGCAUAUCAGAAAUGUGUAUUUAUGUAUAUCUGUGUAUAUUCAUCUAUUUAUAUGUGAGGAUAAAUAGAUGGCUGUGUGUGCGUGUGUUUGGACUCAAUCAGAAUGAAUACAAAAUAAAGCAGUUCUAUGAAUUGUAGUCCAUGGA